GCUGGGGGUUAGUGAUCCGUUGACAAUGGAUUCAUCCUUCGGACCGAAUCAUUUAGGUCGCGAACGCACUCAUCUGGUGAUCCCAUAAUCGCAUCCUAGACUUUCAAUCAAGCCAUCCAAGUUCAGCAUCUAAAUCUAAACAUGCCUUCUCUGCUACCAGUAAACCCUCCCGCAACCCGUGAUCCCGUAAGCACAUACCCGCAAUAUCCCCAGAAACCACACGCAUGCAUCACCGAUCCCGCGUCGUCGCAAGUAGCCCAAGACAAUAAAUACACUAUCCUCGAGCCACAUGCCAACCUGACGCGUAAAACAAAUAAUCUUGAUCACAGGACGUCACAUUUCCCCCCACACACACGCCGGAGAUUUCCAAAGGACUGUAGCGACCCCGGGGAAUACUUUGAGCGAAUCGCACUUUACCCGAUAUAUUGCGACACGGUUUGUCCCACGCACGUUAAAUGUCUAUUGUCUAUACAUAGGCGUCAUGUACCCCGGAUUCGGGUGCGUAGCGUCCUCUUGCUGCCCAGGCUCUUGGUAUCGUAUAAGACGACUUGUCCAGGCUUGUCCCGGUGGGUGUGGAUGAAGUGUGAAUGUGUGGAGCUUGAUUGAACCGUUGGGUGUUGAAGGGGGUGUUGAGGAAGUAGAGAGGUCACUUACUUUGUGGCUGCUGGACAUCAUGGCUUGCUAUGUCAUGUUUUCGUUGCUGCGAGGAGUUGAAGAAGGUAAGAAUAUCAUUGCUGCAUAACGAGGGUAUC